ACCACCUACUAGGUACGGGUAGAGAUAUCGCAAUGGAGGGGCAGAUGAACGUGCUGGCGAUAUUGAUUUUUUUCUUGUGAGAUUUCGAUAGAGCGCUCUUUGCCAAAUAUAAUAGAAAGAUUAAGUCAACAGCUUCUACUAUCAUUGCCUAUAUAGUCAACCGAAUUUGACGAGCCACUUCGUACGACAACCAUGUCAGAUCUUCCACAAACCUUUGACCGACCGGUCAAGAUCGCCGUCAUCGGCGGCACAGGCCUCUACAAGAUCGAUGGCUACGUCCCCAUAGGCCGCGUGAAUCCCCUGACGCCAUGGGGCUAUCCCUCCGCCCCCAUCGAGAUCCUCGAGCACGGAGGCGUCCCAGUCGCGUUCCUGGCCCGUCACGGCGAACACCACCAGAUUGCGCCUCACGAGAUCCCCGCACGCGCCAACAUCGCCGCCCUGCGGUCCCUGGGCGUGCGUUCCGUCGUCAGCUUCUCCGCCGUCGGCUCCCUGCAGGAGGAGGUCCGGCCCAUGGACUUCGUGGUGCCGGACCAAGUCAUCGACCGCACCAAGGGGAACCGGCCCUUCACGUUCUUCGAGGAUGGCCUCGUCGGCCACGUCCCCUUCGCCGACCCCUACGACGACAAGAUCGCGCAAGUUGUCAGGAAAUGCGCCAAGAGCAUGCAAGGCGACGGGGUGGUGCUGCACCCUAAGGGAACAGCCAUCUGCAUCGAGGGCCCUCAAUUCUCCACCCGCGCCGAAUCGCACAUGUACCGCUCAUGGGGCGGCUCCGUAAUCAGCAUGUCCCUGCUCCCCGAAGCCAAGCUCGCGCGUGAGGCCGAGCUCGCCUUCCAGGUCAUCUGCAUGGCGACUGACUACGAUUGCUGGCGCGAGGGCGAGGGCGACGUCGACGUUGCCAUGGUGAUGGCGCGCAUGGGCGGCAACGCCGAGAACGCUCGACGGCUCGUUGGUGCCGUGCUAGACGAGCUAUCACGUCCCGAGAACGCCGACCUCGUCUCGGCUAAGCACCUCGAGGGUGCAUCCGUCGGCGCCGUCGCUUUCUGCACCAAGCCUGCUGGCCGCAAUCCCGAGGCUCUGAAGAGAGCGCAAUAUCUGUUCCCAGGAUUCUUGGAGCAGUAGAAAAUGCUACAGGAUUAUCAGAGCCAGUUAUGACAAUACAUGACCGAUGAUGGCUUCUUAGUCAACUUCUUUUGCUGAAAGUAACAAAGGACAGGUGAGCUAUAUGAUUGACUAGGGUGAUAGAGGAAUCUUGGGGAGAACAGAUCGAAGUGGAAGGGUUCGUGUGCAAAUACUCCGUAUCUAUAGAUCUGAGCGAUUUAAACGAUAAAUCGUUGGGGUUUGCGAAGCCAUUACUACAACGAUUUCUAGACACCACAAUAAAUCUUGGUAAGGGUAGAAGUAAUGG